GCCGGCACAUGCCUCUCCCCGGCACCCCGCAGCCCCUGGGACAGGAGGGGGCAGAUGGCCUGUCGGAGCCGGAGGGCAUCUCUCUGAAGCGGGUCGCUGUGGUGGAAGAUUUCUUUGACAUCAUCUACUCGAUGCAUGUGGAGAGCUCAGCGGAGCCAGGCAAAGCCCCCAAGCACGCUGGGCAGAAGAAAACCUACCGAGCGAUCGCGGAGACCUAUGCCUUCCUUCCGAGAGAGGCCGUGACCCGCUUCCUCAUGAGCUGCACGGAGUGUCAGAAGAGGAUGCACUUCAAUUCCAACGGCCUGGAGCCCAAAGAAAACGAGCCUGCCUCCCCUCUGGUCUCCGGGAUCAUCGACUACAACAUGCCCCUCACCUCCACGUACCUGAAGCAGAUGAAACUGCGGGUGAUGAACUCCCAGGAGCAGGAUGAAACUUCUGUGAGCAGUGAAGAUUUUGAUAUGAACGACUCCACAUGGAUGUCAGCUGACCCACACCUGGCCUCCAGCCUGAGUCCCAGUCAGGACGAGAGGAUGCGGAGCCCGCAGAACCUCCACAGCCAAGAGGACGACGACUCCUCCUCCGAGAGUGGCAGUGGCAAUGGCUCCUCCACCCUGAACCCGUCCACGUCGAGCAGCACGCAGGGUGACCCUGCCUUCCCUGAGAUGAAUGGCAACGGCGCUGUGGCCCCCAUGGACUUCACCGCCACCUCCGAGGAUCAGCCCAUUAACCUGUGCGACAAGCUCCCGCCGGGCACAGCACUUGGCACGCCUUCCUACCCCUCGGACAGCUGCGGCACGGACGGACUGCGGAGCCGCGUCAAGUACGGGGUGAAGACCACCCCUGAGUCCCCCCCCUAUAGCUCUGGGAGCUACGAUUCCAUCAAAACUGAGGUCAGUGGCUGCCCUGAGGACCUGACGGUGGGCCGGGCCCCCACAGCAGAUGAUGACGACGAUGACCACGACGACCAUGAGGACAAUGACAAGAUGAAUGACUCUGAGGGCAUGGACCCUGAGCGCCUCAAGGCCUUCAACAUGUUUGUGCGGCUCUUUGUGGAUGAGAAUCUGGACCGCAUGGUGCCCAUCUCCAAGCAGCCCAAGGAGAAGAUCCAGGCCAUCAUCGAGUCCUGCAGCCGGCAGUUCCCCGAGUUCCAGGAGCGGGCCCGCAAGCGCAUUCGCACGUACCUCAAGUCCUGCCGUCGCAUGAAGAAGAACGGCAUGGAGAUGACCAGACCCACACCUCCCCACCUGACCUCGGCCAUGGCAGAAAACAUCCUGGCAGCUGCCUGUGAGAGCGAGACAAGAAAAGCAGCCAAAAGGAUGCGCCUGGAGAUCUACCAGUCCUCGCAGGACGAGCCCGUAGCCCUGGACAAGCAGCAUUCCCGCGACUCCGCAGCCAUCACCCACUCCACCUACUCACUGCCAGCCUCCUCCUACUCCCAGGACCCCGUGUACGUCAAUGGCGGCCUCAACUACAGUUACCGCGGGUACGGGGCCUUGGGCAGCAACCUGCAGCCCCCUGCCUCCCUCCAGACAGGAAAUCACAGUAACGGGCCCACAGACCUCAGCAUGAAAGGCGGGGCCUCCAGCGCCUCCACCACGCCCACGCCCACGCCCUCCAGCAACAGCACCAGCAGGACCAUGCCCACCGCCCAGCUCAGCCCCACGGAGAUCAGUGCUGUGCGGCAGCUCAUCGCCGGCUACCGAGAGUCCGCCGCCUUCCUGCUGCGCUCUGCAGAUGAACUGGAAAACCUCAUCUUACAGCAGAACUGACCCCAGCGGCACCUGGAGUGCACUACCCCAGGGAAGGAGGCUGUCCCCGCCCCGGGCCUGGCGUCCUGCCUCACCAGUUGGUACAUUUUGUUUUUUGAAAGAGGUGGGAUCCGAAAGAGCUGUUUCUAGCCACACUCCAAGCACCUGAGACUUUGGGCACAAGGACACUUUUUUUUGGAAUCUCACCACACGGGUGCUCUGACCUGCUUGGAAGAGGCCAUUGGGGCAGCUUUGGAAGGGCUGGGGCUCCCCUGACAAGGCACUGGGGCCACAGCUCCAUUUAGAAUCAUCUUCGUGGACCCUGAAGUUAGAAUCCCACCCCCAGAUAAUUACCUUUCAAGUCUUAGGUGAGCAGAAUUGCAUAUUUAUUGAGAAAAACAAAGUGGACCCUUUCUUCCUCUCCCCUUAGUAAUUUAUUUUUCUGAAAAUGGAUUCUUUUGUGUUUGUACAGAUUGCCAGUCUGUGUCUGUCUGAUCAGAAGGCUGUAUCCCCGUGACUAACAUUCCAUAUCACUACACUGGCGUGGGCUGGGGCCAGCGGGGCGGGGGUGCGGUGGGGCUGGCUGUCCCUCUGAGUGCCCAGCACUGCCAAGCAGGAGGACCUCACCCACAGCCACUGCAAAGCAAAGACAAACACAAACGGCUCCCCUCCCCGUCCCUCAGAAGCCCCAGUCCCACGGCCACCUGCGUUCUACCUCACACUCCAGCAUGGGCUUUUCCACAAUGUGCCCUGAGCCUGUACUGUUCUGAAUGGCUGUCCCCCAGCUCCCCACACCAUGUGUCUGCCCGGGAGGUAAGUCCAGAUGGGUGGCGAGGAGCUGGAGCCCAAAGAGGACCUUGGCCCCGGCCCUCCCCGCUGCUCGACAGGACAGAGUACUGGGAGCUGGCAGCCCGGCAGCAGGGCCCUGCCCUCACCCCGCCCCCAGGGAGCCAGGUCUGAACACUUCUCUGCAUGGGCCCAGGCCCCUCAGACACUUCCUGGGAAGGCCCCUUUCUUCAGGGUGAGCCCCCGGCUGUCAGGCAGCCACUGAACAGGAAAGGCAGCUGCCAGCUCCUGGGCAAACUGCGGUCCCCGUCCCCUGCCCCCAUGGUUGGAGGAGAGGGGCUGUCAACAGAAGUGGAGAAGCCACUUGGGUUCUCCUAGGACCAGCCCUUCUUCCAGAGGGACGAGUCCUGGAAGAAACCCAUAAUCCCUGGAGUGUGAAAAAGGGCAAAAAGAAAAGGCUGGCCUGGUUCCUCCCUCCCCGACAGGCACUUCCUCUUGCUCAGUGCAAUACCUACCAGUGCUGCUAAAACCAGGGAUUCGCCCAGACCUCAGAAGGCCCACGGGGCCUCUCCAUGCAACACUCCGUAGCCAUGACAGCAGCUCUCUGCUGCCCGCCCCUGCCCAGAGCUGGCAGAAGCCCUCUGUUGCCUUUCCUCCCUCAGAGCAAAGAGGCCCCAGGGGAGCCAGGGCCAAGUGGACCCUCAGAUCGAGAGCCACUAAACCCCAAAGCAGGCACCCCUUCCCAAACCAGCUUUUCUGCAGCCAACUGCCUCUCGGCACUGUGGCAGACCCCCUCAGGAGGGGCAGGGAGGGGGCUCCAGCAUGGAUUCUGGAUCUAUGACUGAGCUCUGGCUCCCGGAUCCAGAAACUCCGAGCAGUAGGGUGCCCCACCCCGUGCUUACUUGUAGCCCCUAGAGGUUGGGGGUGGUCUUUUAUCUCUCAAGUGGCCUCCAACACCCCACCCAGCCACGCCACCUCUGCCUUCCGUCUGACCAAUCCCCAGGCCACUGGUCAGGGCCAGGACACCCGAGACUCCCCCUUAGCACAGCACAAGCUCCAGUGCCCAAGGCCUCUCCCACACCCAGCCAUCCACAUGUCCAGCCCCAACCUGCUCAGUACUACUCCCAGACCUUUGAAUCUGUGUAAAUAUUUAUUUUUUUGUGUGAACAAUACUACAAAGUAAUCAGAAGAUCUUUUGCAAAAUGUUACCCCAGGCAAUUUGUGAAAAUGUUAAAAACUGGCAGAGACAAUCGCCGCCUUAGAAUUCUUGAUAUCAAUUGCUUACCAUGUCAUUUCUCCUCCUGGAGGCAGUACCCAAGCCAGGCACAAACGGUUUGCUUUUUUUGACAGACAGGAGAGACUGGGGAAGGGGCUCCCGCCACCACCCGCACAGGGGAUUAGCUCUAAGAAUCAGCAUAAGCUAUGGUUUGAAGUCACGCUUUUCUGAGUUCAGGCUGUCCACGCCGACCGCCUUCAGCUGGCCGUAGAUCUGCGGUAAGAAGUUGACAGAGGAGGGCAGCGGACGCCAGUGGUAGAAGAGCCCUGGGCUUCCCCCAGCGGCCCCUCCAGCACAGGGAGCUCCGUCAUGUUGACCUCACCUCUUGGGGGACUCCUUCCUGGUGAAGCUACACAUGAAGCCCUGGUGAUGGCAGAUCAGGAGCGAGCUGCUGUGAGCAAACGGCAUCCUUCAGUCCAGGAACUCGCUCUGUUUUGCGUUUAAAAGCAGCUUCCACCCGUCCCUCUCCUCCUGACCUGGAGAGCACCAAGCAGCCGGUUCUGCUGAACGCAGCUCGCCCCCGCCGGCCCACCCGCACCCCAGGGACUGCCUUCUCCCAAAGGGAACUUCCAGCGCACUGCCCCACAGCCACGUAAAAUUCUCACGGAGGGCCUCAGGGCACAAAUUAGUCAUUUGGGAUCCUAAAUUAAAAAGGUAACGUGAGUGUCGACUACACCAGUUCCAGAGUCUUUGCAGGGGCUACUCCCCAAGAAGGGCAGUAUCGGAUGAGGAUGGGAAUUCGGUCUUAGCAGUGGAUCAUCUGGUCGACCAGGAAUAGUGUAACCCAUCUGAAAUUCAUUCUCCUGUCACCACUCAUACAAACAGUUUAUCCCCAAGGACACUUGAGGGGGAGGGGGACAGGCAGGGGUUAGGAAGGUUUUAGAGGUUUCAGACAGGUGGAACCCAGCCAUCCAGAUUCCCAAGGGCCACUUUGACUCCAGGGGUGGUUACAGGAUCAACUACCAGUUCAUUCUCAAAAUGCUGCUUUGAACUCAGAGGGUUGAUACUUUUAAUUUGUAAUUUUUUGUAAAACUUUUUACAAGAUAGUAAAGUAUUUCACCAGAAUACCAGUUUCAAUCCGUCCAUGGUCUGAUUUUUAUAUAAUUUAGUGGUGCUUUAGAAACUUUGUUUUGUUGUUUCUGAGCUAAACAGCUCACUCCUUUUUUGCCUGUAUCUACCUAAGACCAAUGUGAACCUUUGUAUUUUUGCUCCUAAUUUUGGACUCAGUGAAAGUGUACUGUUUACAUGUACAGAUGCCCCAGUCCCCGUGUGUCCUGCAAGACUCGAGGGGAAGGUGCACCUCACUAAGCUCACCUGCUCAGCAAAGCCACAACACAGAAACCUCUCACUUUUUACCUGUUUCCACCUAAAAACAAAAUCGAAAAAACUACACCACAGAGAACACAGAUUUGCUAAAAACAAAACAAAACAAAACUUUCCUAAGCUCAGAAAAAUCUCAUGUGCGUGGCGGAUGGCCCACAUGCCUUUGUCCUGUGGUCCAUUUAGAAGCAGGGGUCAGAACAGAGACGUCCCAUGGCCGCUGGGGGGGGGGGGGGCACGGCAUGGACGCAUGAAGAGGGACAGCAGCGCUGCUCUGCAGAGCUGUGGGAGGGAGCCAGUCCUCCUGGCAGCCUGGGAGUGGGAAGGUGGCGAUGACUCAUGCAACCUUCAGGGUCAAGCCACCCAGGAUUUAGGGACAACCCAAGACGUUGUCAUUCCUCUGGCAUAACUUAGACGUGUUUUGGACGAGCACGAGUUCCCCCUCUGAAAGGAGGCUUUAAGGCUUUCCCGUGCAGCUGGACAAGCAAAUCUUCAGGAUUCCCCUAGAGGCAGCCAUUCAUGAGGUAUCACCUCUGGGGAGGGGCAGGGGGCUCCAGACGGUAAGCAUGUGGCACUUAAGGCAAACAGUGGAGGGCACCAACUUUUAAAGGUGACUCUUUAUUAAUCAAUGGCUUCACCUCUAAAUUAUAUUUUUACAGAUAUGCACCUAUGCAACUUAACGUGGCUCUUCUAAGCAGGUGAGGACUUCCUCCUCAAUGCUCUAUAAAAAUUAUUUGUGUUCUAUAUAGUGAGUUUUUCCAGUAAAUGUGGCUUAAUAUUUUAAUUCUUAGAAUGUGUCUUCUCUAUGUGAUGCAACUAAAUUCUGUUUUGUUUGUGGAAUGACUAGCACAGGCCAACUCCCUCUGCCCUCACUUAACAAAAGACCAAUGAGCUGUUAAUCAAGCUGUAUCUCCAUGGUAUUACUUGCUAAAUGCACUGAUUUCAUAAGUAUGUGGAAUCCUUUUUCUUUUGAAUCUGUAUAUCAUAUAUAAGACUGAAUCUACUUAAUAAACACUGAAUAACAAACUGAA